AAUAGGGAAGGAUCACACUCUGUACAAACCAUGAGCCGGAAUCAGAGAUUACCCAAGCGCAUCCUCUUUAGCGAUCUUCUAACAGCAUCAAUCACCAAGACAAACAAUUACCUCUAAUCAUAAUGUCUACCUCGCGAGCCAACAUCGUCUUUGGCGCCGGCCUCGUCAACGACAACAGCAAGCUCAAUACCGCGGAGAAGACCACCGAGAUCCUCCAAAUUCUGAAGCGUCACAACGUCACCCAAAUCGACACGGCGCAGAUCUACGGCCGCAGCGAGGAACUCCUAGGCCAGGCCAACGCCGCAGCCCAAGACUUCGACAUCGACACCAAGCACGGCGGGGGAGCACGGCCGGGACGCGCAUCGCGAGAGGCGGUCAUCGCAGAUGCAGAGGAGAGCUUGAGGAAGCUGAACACUGACUCGGUCAACAUCUUCUACAUCCACGUCCCCGACCGCACCGCCCCCAUCGAGCCCACUCUCGCCGGCAUCAACGACCUCUACCACGCCGGCAAGUUCAAGCACUUCGGCCUGUCGAACUUCACCGCGGCGGAGAUCGAAGAAGUCCUCCGCCUCUGUCAGGAACACGACUACGUGCGCCCGACCGUCUACCAGGGGAACUAUAACGCCAUCUCGCGUCUCAUCGAGUCGAGCCUCUUCCCCUUGCUGCGCGAGCACGGCAUCCGGUUCUACGCGUACAGCCCCAUCGCCGGCGGGUUCCUGACCAAGACGAGCGAGCAGCUCCGGACUGCGAGCGGGUCCGGCGGCCGCUGGGAUCCGGACUCCAGGUUCGGAAAGGUCUAUCGGGGUCUGUACAUGAAGCCGGAGAUGUUGAGGGUCCUGGACACCUGGAACGAGGUCGCGGAGAAGGCGGGAAUCUCCAAGGCCGAGUUGGCGUACCGGUGGGUGGCGUAUCAUUCCGCGUUGGACGGGAAGCUUGGUGAUGCGAUUAUUGCGGGGGCGAGUGGUGUCGAGCAGUUGGAUCAGACUCUGACGGCCCUGGAGAAGGGGCCCCUCGAAGAUGAGGUUGUGAGGCAGAUCGAAGCCAUCUGGGAGGUCGCGAAGGAGUUUGCGGUCUUGGAUAAUUUCAACUCGCGCUAG